CGGAGAAAUGGACACGGAGCGACUCAGAAUCGAUCCGUCUGGUAUGGGCCGAAAAGGUGGAGAAGAGCGGAAGAAAAUGAAGGUACCAAUACCGAAGGGGAAAAACGAACUGUUGGGGGGAUUAUUAGUCCAUGGGUACACAGAGCGAAGCGCAAUCUAUCAGGCGCAACACCCACCCAAUCAGGACCCGAUUCUACACUACAUGGAACGCUUAAAGAAGGAAGUAAAGCUGGGGGAUGGAUAUCAAGUUGUUACUCCCAAAGUACUUGUUGACGUUGACAAUCUUCGUUUGGAUGGGAAGAACUACGGUAUUUGGCGUUGUAAUAUGAAUGAACAUGUCCUAGAUAAUCUUAGAGGUGUGCUCUAUGGGCCACGCCAAAGUUUUGUGGUAGAAACAGAAGCAAGUGUUGAAGAAAUUGCUCGAUCAAUGGCUGCCGAAGAGAAAUGGAACGAGUAUGACGCCCUGUGUUUUCAUACAAUCUUGAACCAUCUAUCUGAUGAUCUCUUUCUUCAUUACUCAAAGAGGAGGAAGAAAACAAGUGCCAAGCAACUGUGGCAUGAGCUGGAAUUGAGGUUUGGAGGACACGAAUCUCGGGUUCAAAAGUACCUGGAAUUUCAUUUGCUCGAGGAGGAGGAACCAAUGGUGGAGCAAGUUGAAGAAAUAGAUUUUAUGUUCGGAGAUCUGGUUGAGUGUGACAGAAUAGCGAUAGAUGAGGAAUUCCAUGUGAAUGCAAUCAUCUCCAAGCUCCCCCCAUCUUGGGAGGAUGUGUGCAUUGAGUUGAUGCGCGAGGAGCAUCUACCUCUUACAAAGCUGAUUCAUCGCUUGAAGGUUGAACAACAAUCACGCAUCAAUUAGUUAAUC